AGAAACCUCCGGCCCACAACCAAGCGGAGCCCGAGACGUCUGUUGCUCCCCUUUCAUCACUUAACAGAGAGCGAGAGAGAGGGGGCUUCCUUAUUCGACAAGCAUGUCGCUGUUCUCCGCUAUGGCUGACGACGGCAGCGUGUGGGCGCAGGGCUCGUCGCUCUUCAACAUCUCGAGUCCGCUCAACGAUCUGCUGGAGAAGGACGACUUCACACUGGAGCAGGUGCUACAAGAGGACGAGCUGGUGCAGGAGGUCAAGACGCGCAACACGAAGCUGCUGGACUUUCUCUCGCAGGAGGCUAUCGUGCAGCAGCUCGUCGAGUACGUCGUGCGUACCCCCGAGGACACAUCCGAUGACCUGCGCACACUCAAGUACCCGUACAUGUCGUGCGAAGUCAUUUGUUGUGACAUCACGAGCAUCACCGAGACUCUCGUGACCUCAUGUGAAGGCAAAAUCGUCGAAACGUUAUUUGAGUUUUUGUAUCAAACGCAGUCGUUAGAUCCUCGUCUCGCUGGGUACUUUGAGAAGAUCGUGACCAUGCUCAUGGUACGUAAACCGCAGGAGAUGACAGCGUUACUUAACAAGAACUCGGAGCCGCUCUUGGCCGGUUUCUCGCGUCAUGCCGCGAGCUUCUCGGUGGCUGAGCUGCUUAAGCGCUUACUUCAGCCGUAUCAAGCGGACUAUAUGGACGACUGUAUGGACUUCCCGGGCAUGUCGAUGGGCUUCCCGCCGUCCAAUUCAUGGUACGGAGCAGACGAGGACGACCAUCUCAGCGCUAGUGGCACCCCCACAGCCUCCAAGGACAAGACGCUGACCUGGCAGUCCGAACCUACCGUAGUGGACCUAUUAUUGGCCACGCUAGCGGACGCGAAAGCCGAUAGUGACGCGCACAAACACGCGUCUGAAGUGCUAGUGGACAUUAUUCACUGUGGCACGCGCGCACAGCAGACGGACCCUGCGUCACCGGCCAGUUCCAGCGCGCCAGUGUCGUUUGCACUUCUGGACCACUUGGAGACGAAGGAAGUGGCCGAGAAACUCGUGGCGCUUGCAGUCCCGAGUGACGACGCGGCGUCGUGUGUGUCGUCCAUGACCGGAGCCAUCUCCGUGCUAAGUGCGUUGCUGUCUCGUGCUACGAACGCGCAGUACUGCGCUACAGACGAGAUGCCGCCCGCUGUGGCGUGUGCAGUAGCGCGUCUGCCGCAGGUUUGCGCCAUUCUGAAGACCGACGCGGCGGACGCUGGGAUGAUCCGUAAUCAGCGCCACCAGGAGGUCCCGAGACUGGGAUUACGUCGCUUGAAGAUGGUCGGGCUGGUGGUGUUGCUCAUGCAGUCCAAGUACCAGAAAGUGGACAUUGCGUUGCUGGAACAUCACGCGAUCGAGACGUGUCUGGACUUGUUCUUCACGUUCGAGUCGGUCAACAUGCUGCACGCGGACGUGGAGAGUAUGGUGAUCGGGAUCUUAGAGAGUGGCAGUCACGAACUGCUGGUAGGAUUAGUGAAGGACGCACGGCUGCUGCCUCGUAUCAUUGAGGCACACGAGAAGAACGACCAGGCGACGGCAGUGGCCAAGGGCUUUUCGCUGGGAUUUGUGGGUCAUCUCCACCGCAUCUGCAACAUGCUCAUGACGAUGCUGGAAGACGUGCGUGGCAGCACCAACGAGGAAGGCUCGCUGAAUGAAAUGCGACAUGCUGACACGGUCUUGGAGCUGUUUGAAGAGGACGACGUGACGUGGAAGAAGUGGGAGGAGCUGUCCAGUAAGGUGCUCGCGCCUAUUUACGAGCGGGAGCGUCUUCCUCUUGGCGGUGUGACGAUCUCGCAGGGAGGAGAAGACCCGUACUCGGUCAUGGGGUUUAACCAGAACGACGAGCUGUUGAAUGCUCAGUUCGCAGAGAUGCUGGGCGCCUCUGGCUUGAAUGGCUUUGAUACCGACUUUGAUGUCAAGGAUACGGACACACCGAUGCUGCCGGAGAUCAUGAACGACAGCAGCAGUAGCGAGGAAGAAGACGAAGAGGAGCUGGCACGGCAGGAGAGUGCUGCGAAGGGCAACGAGGGCGAACCGGGGGCGGAUCGCUGGGCCAACUUUGAGUCUGGAGGCAGCUGGGCCAAGUUUGAGAACACGUUUGAGGACAUUCCCUUCGAGCCUAUUCCUGGGAUGGAGAAUGACGAUUUUGACGACGACGAGCCUGUGCCAGCAAUUGUAACCACAGCCGACUUGGCUGUGAACCGUACGGCAACCUCCGCUCCUGUCCAAGUGGCAGCGGCGGAGACAAGUGCGGAGACUCCCGCUACGGAGGCAGAGACUAAAGCGGAGACCAAGGAGGACGAUAGCGCAGCUAGCGAGGACGCACCUAGUGCAGAGACAACUGCGGUAGAAGACACUUCAAAGGAGGAGACUGCGUCGGAGGCACAGGCGUGA